CCCAAACUAGCCUCUCCCUUCUACAACGCUUCAGUCUGCCAUCACAUUCUGCGCUUGCGUACUAUCAAUCUAGCGGCUCCGGGAUAGGGAGAAUCGGUAGGAGUUAGCUAGCUGUGUAAUGGCGGCCUCGGUGUUGCUGUCUGCGGAGAACACCGGACCGACUUUUGCGGUCGGCAAUUUUGGAACGGUAGGGGCUCCCGGGAAUGGAGUAGGGGCACCUGGUCCUGUGUCUUGGAAUCGGUCACUGGACAGGGCAUUAGACGAAGCCUCGGCAACUGGUUGCCUCAACCUCAGCGGCAGGAAACUGAAGGAGUUCCCGAGGAGCGCCGCCAACCACGACCUCACAGACACAACUCGGGCCGACCUGUCCCGUAACCGUCUGCCAGAGCUGCCCGUGGAGGUGUGCAUGUUUGUCUCUUUGGAACACCUGAACCUCUACCAGAACUGCCUGCGCUCGCUGCCUGAGAGUCUGCUCAAUCUCCAGGCCCUCACCUACCUGAACAUAAGUCGGAACCAGUUGUCGACCCUGCCCAGCCCGGUGUGCAGUCUGCCAUUGAAGGUCCUGAUCGCCUGUAACAACAAGCUGGUCUCCCUUCCUGAGGAGCUGGGCCAACUACGACAGCUCACAGAACUGGACGUGAGUUGUAAUGAGAUCCAGACACUCCCUCCUCAGGUUGGUCGGCUGGACUCGCUGCGAGACCUCAACAUCCGCCGCAAUCACCUGGCCCGCUUGCCCCCAGAGCUGUCGGAGUUGCCCCUGGUGCGUCUGGACUUCUCUUGUAACAAGGUGACGUCCAUCCCUGUGUGUUACCGUAACCUGCGCCACCUACAGAACAUCGUGCUGGACAACAACCCACUACAGAACCCACCCGCACAGAUUUGUAUAAAGGGGAUGAUCCAUAUAUUUAAGUAUCUGAACAAUGAGGCCAGCAAGACUACACCUGAGCUCCCAGACUACGACAGGAGACCCCUCGCCUUCGGAUCCUGUGUGGAGGAGCUGUACCCUGGCCGGCCGUACGGAGCGCUGGACUCUGGCUUCAACAGCGUGGACAGUGGAGACAAGAGAUGGUCAGGCAACGAGCCCACAGAUGAGUUGUCGGACCUUCCACUGCGUGUGGCAGAGAUAACCAAAGAACAGAGACAGCGGAGGGAGCGGGAGGAGCACAGGACGACUGGCUCCCAUCCUUUGACCAACGGCACAUUAGAGGCAGAGCUGGAGCAGAUAGACUUUAUAGACAGUUAUACAGGAGAGGAGGAGGAGGAGGAGGGUAGGAGGGGAGAAGGAGCAGAAACCAUCAGCCUCAGUUCCCAGUUCAUGGCUUACAUUGAGCGCCGCAUCACCAGAGAGGGCUCUCCAGUGAAGUCCAACUCCUCCAGAGACUCAAGGACAGACGACCCGAGGCGACACAAUUCUCUGCAGAACAGGACUGCCCAUGAUCCAGCCUCUUCUGCCUCUCAUAAUCAGAGAGGGUCAGGGGCCAGGAUUGGUGCUGGUGCGGGACUUGGCGGGGUCCCUGGUGGGGGCGUAGAGCGCGUGCGGAGGAUGGCCCAGUUGGCCGCCCUGCGGUACGAGGAGGAGAGGCAGAAGUCGCGCUCAGUGCAGCGGGACACCGUCAUGACCUACGUCAAGCACAAAGCGUCUCAAAGCCCUACCAAGCUUAGUCCCACAGAAAACGAGAACACGUACCCCUCCAGGCGUUCCACCCACACGGACGACUCUGCCCUCUUCAUGAGCGAGUACCAGCCUCUCAUGGUGUUUGAGAUAGACACUGACACCAACACUAUAAAGAGGAGGCCUGGCACUCACAAGCAGUCUCUUUCUGGGUCUGGGAUGUCCAUAGAUGGGUGUGUCUCUUAUCCUGCCGACAUCGCCCCCACAUGUCUACAGCAGCAGGGCGAGGAUCGCUCCUCCUCCCUGUCUCCCACAGCCCUCCAAUCACCUUCUUACCCUGGCCCUGUUGCCCCGCCCUCCUGCCAGCGGCCAGACAGCUUCUUGUUUGGCCUCAGCCAGAAGGAAGAGCAGAGGAGAGGUGAUGGUGCCUCCCCCGGGCCAGAGCCUGAAGAGGUGACCCCUACCCAGCCUCAAGGCCCUGUGGGAGAGGAGGCUGCUCUGGUGGAGCAACUGCGGAAGAACAUCGAGUCGCGUCUGAAAGUGUCCUUGCCCAGCGACCUUGGAGCAGCACUGACCGACGGGGUCGUACUCUGCCAUCUAGCCAAUCACGUGCGGCCACGAUCCGUACCCAGCAUCCAUGUGCCCUCCCCUGCUGUGCCCAAACUGACGAUGGCCAAGUGUCGGCGGAACGUGGAGAACUUUCUGGAGGCGUGUCGCAGGAUCGGGGUUCCACAGGAGAGGCUGUGCACUGUGGAGGAGGUUCUGGAUGGCCGUGGAAGCUGUGUUUACGGGACGCUGGGGGUCCUGCUCUCCAUGGCUCCUCCCCCCCUCCUAAUGCCUUCUCCCCCGGCCCAGCUGGCAGGCUUCGCCCUCUUCUAUCUGUCCAUCAUGUCUGUGCUGUGUGCCCUGUACUGCCACCUGGUGCCCCACCUCUGAACUGUCUGUCUGGACCACACAACCCCUUCCUCACCUUAAGAAAUGGCUCUCUACCACUCGUGCACACACUUGCGUGCUCACACACACAGAACUCGCACUCCUACGCGCUUCUCAUUUCACAUUGCGGCGACUCCCAACCCCGCAGCAGUAUCCAUUCAGACACAGCAGGCAGCAGAACUCGACAAGGGGAAAAACACAAGAAUGAGUGGACCUCUCCCAGUCCCGCUCAGCCUUAACAAAGAGGAGCGCUCGCCAUUGUCUGGUUUGCCAUACACCAUAUAGUAGGUUUUAUCUUUUGGUGUUCCAGUUGUUUGUUGGGGAAGGUUACUUGCUUCGCCUCAAGGAGUGGUGAGGUUAGGUGGGCACCUUCAAUGCUCCCUCGUUAUCCUUCUGUCAUGUACUGGCACUGCCCCCAAACAGCGAGACUCUGGAGGUUGCUGUGUUGUCUGUGUCACUGAACGGUCCGCUACUGUACCUACCUACUGAACCUCCUUCUGUGCCUUAAGUUCGUCCGCCUGGCUAUGUGUGUGUUUUAGAUGGAACCUUCCCACCCGAAAGCGCUUCCAUUGCACAGAUGACAUCAAAGUCGGAGUGCUUGUCAUAUGUCACCUACGUGCUUCCUCCUCCCUCACUGCCCCUGGAAGAACCAACCACGAGUAAUCUGACCAAUCAACGCCAAGCUCUUCUCUCCUGACUCAAACACGGCUUAGCCUUAGCUGCAAAGUUAGUCAGACGUUUUUGCCUAAUCAAAAAGAGAGCAGGUCGGCGAGGGUCAUUUGCAAGCCUUUGAGUCCUUGCUGGCACUCAAUCAAGUAUCCUACAGGCACCUUUUUCUAUUUGACUGUCUGUGAUCCAGCCCCCCUCUCAGUCCUAACGCUCAUUUUGUGGCUCCGGGGUGAUGUUUUCCCUAGGUACAGAUCUAGGAUCAGCUUCCCCAAUCCUAACCUUAGUGGAACUGACGUCGACAUGAUGUAAUGUUGUUGAACAUAAUGUUAUGAAAAUGCUUUUAAUACAUAUUAUAUGUUUUAGAGCGCCUAGCACAAGCUUAGGGAGAUGUGGCCACAGCCAUAUUGAAAUAACGUCAUGGGAAUGGUAGAGCGUCUGUGCCUACUGUACUCAUGGCUUUUUGAUCAAGACUGAUUAAGAAGUGAAUAAACUAAAAGCUAAAACGACCAAUUUGAGAUGGAACGACAAUAAAAUAAUAACAAUCAUGUUAACAAGUCUGUAUAGUCUGGUCAAAAAUCCACUUGCAUAAGUUUUUGAGCUCAUUCAGAUGUAGGCUACAUUAGUGAUUUUCACAUGAGCAGGGGCUUCGGCUUUAUUGUUUCCCGACAUUAGUAAUGUAUCUAAAUAAAUGAUAUUCACAAUAACAAAGCAGUUAGCUAGCAUUGAAUAAGCUUGUAUAGUCCAGUCCAAAACCCACUUGCACAUGUUUUUGUGUUCAUUCAGCGAGCAAGGUCUAGUUUUUUUUUUGGGACUAGCUCGCUAGCUAUGAUAGACCAACCUGCACAGUGUAUUUGUUUAUUUUUUAUUUAACCUUUAUUUAACUAGGCAAGUCAGUUAAGAACAAAUUCUUAUUUACAACGACUGCCUACCAAGAGGCAAAAGGCCUCCUGUGAGAACUGGGGAUAAAAAAUCAGAAUGUAGGACAAAACACACACCACGACAAAAGAGACAACACUACAUAGAGACCUAAGACAACUACACAACAUGGCAGCAACACAUGACAACACAACAUAGUAGCAACACAUCAUGACAACAUCACCACAUGGUAGCAACACAACAUGGCAGCAGCACAAACAUGGUAGACAACAAUACAUCACGCUAAGCAACCAGAAG